AUGGAUGAAGGAGGGCGGAUCCGACCAGUCGCCGGAGCCAUUCUGAACGGCUAUAUGAGGCUCUGUGACCGCCAGGGUCGUCGACUGGACCGGACAAGAAUCGUCCUGCUGCUGGCGAGUUCCACUGCCGAGAGAGCGGCCGCCAAAGAUCCGCACAGCCUGUCGUACAUUGGCGUCCUCAUCGCCGGCCGCGACAUGUCUAUCUACGAGGGCGCGACCGAGUCCAGAACAACCACGACCAACUCCGCGGACGAGACGACCCAAAGACUACAAGGGCACCUCGACAUUCCCACAGCAGUAGCUCGGCUCCUCUAUCAAGCCGGCUACUCCCAUCCGCAGUCCCUCGGUUCUGCUUCGCCCAACGAAGUUGCGCUGAAGCUCUCAGCCUUGUCGAGCAUGAGUGCCAUCAGCGCACAGGAGCUGCUGCCCAUGAUCAGGCGGAUAGUCCUCCUCGGGAGCCUGGAGGACCCGCUGUAUGCGUCUGCUACGGCGGAGCGUUUCCAGGAUAUGAGCAAGGAAGAGCUCGAGAGGAAGGGCGUAUGGGAGGAGGGGUUCGAUGAUCUAACUGGAGCUGAGAUCUGGCGGAGGAUGGAGCAGCUGGGUGGCUGA